GCACCGACCGGCCCCCAAAUUGUCAUUUCUCGUUCUCUCUCUAAAUCGCCUCAAAAUCAACGCCUGACAAGCUCUCAAUCAUCCGAAUUCGAGUUCUCUGUUUCUCGCCGCGGUUUGAAAUUUUAGGAUUUUGACUUCUGCGAACUUUAAAGGGAGCUUUUUUGAUCGGUUGGAGUAUCGGGAGCGCCACCUACCAUGGGCGGUUCGCAGAGUCGCGAAGGGCUCGAGCUUUCCGAUUCGGAGUACUCGGACGACGACGAGGAGGAAAAGGAGGAGCAGGAUUCCGGAAAUUAUGCGGAUGCCGAGGAUCGUACCCCGCAGGUCAGUGCAAAAGUACUGGAUGAGGUUGAUUCUAGGCUUCAGGCAUUAAAGCUGAAAUACCCGAAAAGCUCUUCCUCUGCUCCUCGGAAACCUAACGUUGGCCUAAAAAACGCCGUUAAGCUUUACCUUCACAUUGGUGGCAACACGCCGAAGGCGAAAUGGGUAGUUUCGGAGAAGUUGAGUUCUUAUAAGUUUGUUAAGAAGUUGAAAAUUGAUGAUGAGGACGAUGAUGAAGAUGAUGAACUGGGUAUUCGUGAAGGAUUUUGGGUUUUGAAAGUGGGAAAGAAAAUUAAGGUUAAGGUUUCCACGGAUAUGCAGAUGAAGUUUUUUGGGGAUCAGAGGAGGGUUGAUUUUGUCGAUUGUGGAGUUUGGGCUUUGAAGUUUUUCAAUGAUGAAGAUUACAGGAGCUUUGUGACUAAAUUCCAGGACUGUUUGUUUGAGAAUGUAUAUGGGUUGAGGCCUACAGAGGAAAAUAAAAUGAAAAUUUAU